AAGACUGCAGGACUUUAUCUUGGUUCCGCUGGUGCUGUGUUGGUUGUUUGACUGCAAAGAUGUUCCCUGCAGUGCUCACAGUGUUACUGACUUUCUUCAGCCUCGCUGAAAGCAAACAGAAAGACUUUUAUACUUUUAAAGUUGUGAAUAGCAGGGGUAAGCUGGUAUCUCUGGAGAAAUAUCGGGGUUCGGUUUCCCUGGUGGUAAACGUAGCUAGUGAAUGUGGCUUCACUGAGGAACACUACAAUCAACUGCAGCAGCUCCAGCGGGACUUUGGUCCAUAUCACUUCAAUGUGCUAGCCUUCCCCUGUAACCAAUUUGGACAGCAGGAGCCCGGCAGUGACAAGGAGAUUGACAGCUUUGUGCGCAGAGUCUACGGAGUCUCCUUUCCUCUGUUCAGCAAAAUUGCUGUUGUUGGCACUGGAGCCAACAAUGUCUACAAGUACCUUGUUGAGGCAUCUGGAAAGGAGCCUGACUGGAAUUUCUGGAAGUAUCUAAUUGACAUUAACGGCAAAGUGGUGGAUGCAUGGGGACCAAAAGUCUCUGUCAAAGAAAUUCGCCCUAAAAUUGCUGAAAUGGUGCGGCAAAUAAUCUUGAAGAAGAAAGAAGAGCUUUAACACAUUUCGCUUCAAGACUCUACUUAAUGUUAAUACCACAGGGAAACUGUGGCAGGUUUGAGCAGAAAAUGAGUCACUGCUUUGGUAACAUUACACUAAAGCCAUGGCUUAUUCAUUUGUGUUAAGGAAGUAAAAAGAUUUGUGGUAGGUCUUGUUUGUAGCUAUAAAUAAUUUUUUAAAAAGGUGGCGCUACAGGAAAUAGAAGAUCAAAUACACUGGGGAUUAAGGCAAUAUGAGGUGUGAUCAAGCAAAGAAAGGUUCCAAACAUUCCUUAAAUAGCUACACAAAGCUGGCUCCAAAAUGCGUCAGUACUUUUGGCACGCAUGUCUAAAAAUCCUUGCAGGAUUAAAAAGCACACACUGGAACAAAAAUUGUAUUUGGCCUCUAAUGAUACCUAGGCGUGUGGCUGCUUUAAUCGACAGGUAUGCUAAUUUAAGUCUCACAACCUUCUCUCAGUGUUUGUGGUGUUGGAGUUUAUCCAAAUUGAUCAGCUACAACUUCUUUACUUGAUCGACUUAGUAAGAUUCAAAGCUCCCAAAUGUGUUAUGGAAAUUUUCAUCCUUCUGACACCUAAGUUUAAGUGUACUGUAACAGAAAACUUCAUUUUUUCUUGAAUCUGUACUAAAUUUUCCACAAUUUCAUUGUAAUUUCUUUCCUCUACUUACAUUUUAUUGUUCUUAUUGUCAUUCUUCCCAUGCCCAUAUUUAGAGUUCCUUCAGUUGUCCAAGCCAGUAGUGUUAAAUAGUACAUGGUCUCUUCUUUUCCGUUCAGCAAAGGAUUUAAUGGGCAUAUGAAUAAUUGAUCAGUAGUUACAAGACAAAUGUCUAUAUUAUUAAUUAAAUGUUAAGCAAAAAUGAACGAAAAUAUUUUUGUCGGUUCAUUUAAAAUGUUUGGACCCCAGAUUGAUUGGAUGGCGGAAGUAGUGGACCUCCAGCUAUUUUAAUAGGGGACCCCUGAGAUAGUCUAUAUAAUUAUUAAAUUGAAACAAUUAUUUGGGUUUAACAUAAGGUAAUGUUAGUUAGUGACCGAUUAGCCUGGUGACCUUUCCGUGUUUCUCAUAAUAAACCAUUUCAGUGCCUCAUCUUCAGCUGCAGGUCUAAACAUCCUUCAGUUCAGUUCAAUGCAGUUAGAGCAGUAGAGCUAAUGUCUGAACUACAGAACUGACUUUAAUCAGCAUUCAAGCUCAUAGUGAGUUCUGUAGUCAAAAAUCAUUUAUUUGUACCGAUUAGCUAAUGAACAUGGCUUACAAACACACAUUUAAGUUACCAAAAAAGUGGAGUGAAGCUUCAGGUCCUUCUGUCGAUUAGUCCAGUCUACUGAAGAUAACACAUGCUGUCGUUUUGAAACAGUGAGUCGUGUGGUUGGAAAGUAAAUGCUUUUAUUUUUAUUUUAGUAGACACUCAAAACUUACAAUAGGCAGUUGGUGUCAUGGUCCGGAGUCUAGUUUAUGUUUGUGAUUAUUAAUAUUCUUUGUUUUAGUUAGGUCCUGGUUAUUGGUUCAUGAUUUCUAGCGUUUAGGUGUUGCUGUGCCUCCCUUGUGUCACCUCUUGUCAUCCUUGUCCCUAUGUUUUUGUAUUUCCUGUUUUACUUUGAUAGUCUUGUGUUCUGUGUUCAGUUUUUUGAGUUUUGACAAAAAUGUCAAUAUUUUGUGCGGCCACCAUUAUUUUCCAACCCUACCUUAACUCUGUUGGGCAUGGAGUUCACUAGAGUUUCACAGGUUGCCGCUGGAAUCCUCUUCCACUCCUCCAUGAUCACAUCAUGGAGGAGUGGAAGAGGAUAUUAGAGACCUUGCGCUCCCCCACCUUCGAUUUGUGGAUGCCCCACAGAUGCUCAAUAGGGUUUAAGUCUGGAGACGUGCUUGGCUAGUCAUGUACCUUUACCCUCAGUUUAUUUAGCAAGGCUUUUGGGGGUGUAUUUGGGGUUGUUAUCAUUUCCUGUGGCCCAAUUUCUGAAGGGUGGGGCUCAUGCGCUGCUUCAGUAUCUUACUGUACAUGUUGGCUCAAUUAACUGUAGCUCUCCAGUUCCAGCAGCACUCAUGCAGCCCCAAACAAUGACAUUCCACCACCAUGCUUGACUGUAGGCAAGACACACUUGCCUUUGUACUCCUCACCUGUACUCCUCGCCACACACCCUUGACACCAUCUGAACCAAAUAAGUUUAUCUUGGUCUCAUCAGACCACAGGUAAUACAUGUCCUUAGUCUGCUUGUCUUCAGCAAAAUGUUUGCAGGCUUUCUUGUGCAUUAUCUUUAGAAGAGGCUUCCUUCUGGGACGACAGCCGUUUGAUGCAUUGUGCGGAGCAUAUGGUCUGAGCACUGACAGGCUGACCCUUCACACCUCCAACCUCUGCAGCAAUGCUGGCAGCAAUCAUACAUCUAUUUUCAAAAGACAACCUCUAUGAUGCGGAGCAUGUGCACUCAACUUCUUUGGUCAACCAUGGCGAGGUUAUGUUAGAUUCUGACUGGAACCUGUGCUGUUAAACUGCUGUAUGGUCUUGACCACCAUGCUGCAGCUCAUUUUCAUGGUGUUGGCAAUUUUCUUAUAGCUUAGGCUAUCUUUAUGUAUAAUAACAAUUCUUUUUAUCAGAUCCUCAGAGAAUACUUUCCUAUGAUGUGGCAUGAUAAACUUCCAGUGACCAGUAUGAGAGAGUGUGAGAGCAAUAACAUCAAAUUCAACACACCUGUUCUUUAUUUGUACCUGAGACCUUGUAAAACUAACGUGUCACAUGACACCUGGAAGGGAAAUGACAAACUGGGCACAAUUUGGACAUUUUAAUUUAGGGGUAUACUCACUUUGCUUGUAUAUAUAUUGAAGCAGAUUUUAAUCAGGUUGGUACAGUUAUGUUGAGUCAGUUCUUAAUUGCACUGGAACACGUGACAAUGAUUAAAAGCUUUAGCUAUUAGCAGUGGCUCAAGGUCAAAGUAGCCAUUAAUUUUACCUGAAUUCUCGAAUCUCUCUCUUCCUAAUUAUGUCCCUAUUUCAGUCAUUUUACUUUACUUGUUGGCAUAGGUAUUAUGGGCACCUGAGAUGAAAUUCCCCCUGUUUGAAAAACUGAAAUAUAUGCAAGUAUUUGAUGUUUAAAUUUAUAGGUGCCAAUUUUCUGUAUCUGAAGCGACACAAGUAUUACCUGUUUUAUAUAAACAUGUAAAGAAUAAUCAUAUUUUUUUUAAUACUAUACCAUUAGGCUGAAUGUAUGUUUGUUUGUUAAGAAAUAAAUAUGCUAAAUGAUGUCCCUGUGUGGUGAGAAUGAAAUGGCUUUAAGACUAAAGCAUAGUUUUUGAUGUUACAGACCUGAUCUGAUA